ACACAAAAAACAUAUUAAAUCACAACGGCAAGAAGCGACUAGAAGACCUCUACAUGCUAAGUUCAAGAAGCGACACCUCUGGAGAUGAUAUCUCCAUAACUGCACAAGCAGAAAAGAGAGUGGAUAGCAUCAAAGCGCCAUCUGUUGGCUGGAAUGUUGAGAACAAAGAUGUCCAGAUUCCAGAAGCCCAUCUAACCCAUAAGCAGAUUAGCAAGUGCAAUUUUUUUGAGGAAUACAUCAAGCUCCCAAAAUAUGAAUAUGGAAAAACAAGUGGACUGAAGCGAAUCCGAUCCGAAGAGUUAGCUAUAAAGCAAGAAGAUCAAAUCGGGGAGCAUAGAUCAUCGAGCCUUUCGCGGCUAUCGGAUGUCACAAUCAAGCCCACCUGCGAGGUGAGUAGUCAGACUUCGUGGACAGCAGCGGAUGAGAGUAAUAUGGACAGCAAGGAUUUGGAGGCGAAGCUGGCGGCUGUGUGCGGCGGAGGUAUCGAUCCCGAAACGGACAAGCCCAGCAAGAUCCAGCAGCACACGAUCCACAUCGAGGUGGAGUCGGUGACAUCGGCCACUGCUAUGCAGAGACCACCGCUGCACCAAAGGAUGUGGCAGGUCCUUGUGCAGACGGCGGAUACGAUUGUCGCAUUCGUCUACAUGAUCGGCGAGAAUUUAACAGUGGCGCUUUUCAUUGUCCUGUGCCUGUGGUGCCUUUACCUCCUACUAAGCCACUUUUAUGGCAACUUGCAGACCAAUGCCAACCAACAGAACGAGCUGAAGCGCAACCUAUUGCCGUCCAAAUAAUUGUAAUAAGAAUGAUUCGUUUUGCACGUGAUUGUAUAAGUAAAAAUGCAGUAAACAUAGUUAGCAGAACAGAGUUCC